AUGGGCACUAUUUUUCGAAUUACACAUGUUCAAAUGAUGUCCGAUCAAAUCGAAUGUAUUCAUUUGAAAAUAACUGAUGAACAGUUGAGCAUUAUGACAGAACAUUUACGAAAGACGAUUCAAUUAAAACAAAUCGAUCUAAAACUUUCACUUGCUACAUUACUAUUGCAAAUUGGUCAACAUUCAAAAGCAGCCGAAUUUUAUCAAAUGCAACUUCAAUCAGAAAAACAAUGGUCAAAUCGUGCUAGAAUUUUGAUGAAUAUAAGUGUCGUUGCGGCCCAUUUAUAUGCUCAUAAUAAAGCUCUUAAUUAUUAUUAA